CUGAUGUGCUUUCAGCAGUCCCAGCAACCCCCUGCAGCUGCAUGAUGGGCACGGAGCCACGGGCUGCAGCAGGGCUGGAGGCAGCCCCUUCCUCUCCUCCUCUUCCUCCCCGUGCCCAGCAGGGCGGCCAUGUGCGUGGGCAGGUGCAGCCGGGUGGUGGGUCCGUGCCUGCUGGUGCUGGGCACGGUCUCUGUGGCAGCCAACAUCCUGCUGCUCUUCCCUGGGGGAGCAUCCAAGUACCUGCUGGAGGGGCACAUCAGCCAACAGGCCAAGGCCGUGCCGGGCGUCUGGGGAGGCGGCCUCAGUGUGCUGCUGGCAGCCGCCCACAUCACGGCGGUGGGAUGGCGAUGUGCCGGCUGCUCCGACUGCGGCACCCGCCGCAACGCGUUCAUCUCGGCCGUGCUGUCCAAGCUGGCGCUGCUGGGAGCUGCCUCCUGCUUCGUGCUCUGCGGGGUGGGUUUGACCAACGGCCCCCUCUGCUUCUACAACACCUCCAGGCACGGCCCCCUCUGGGGUUACCCCUUCCUGGACAGCAGCGGGCAGGAGCCUGACAGCAGGGCACAGAACUACCUGCAGGACCGGCGCACGUGGAGCGUGUGCCUGGAGCCCCAGGGCAUCGUGGUCUGGAAUGUCGCCCUCUUCUCCCUCCUGCUGCUGGUCAGUGCCACCGAGAUGGUGUUGGCCUCCCUGCAGAUCAUCAACGGCUGUCUCGGCUGCCUCUGUGGCUUCUGCGAGGGGAAGUAG